GCCACUUCCUCCUUUGGGAGCAUCUUCUCGUCCGCGCCGUCCACCUCUGGACUGGUCGACUUCGAUUUCACUAGGCUUUUGGGUCGAGUAACGGCGUUCUCUGAAAAUAGAAAACUUGUUUUAUUUUUAAAAGAAAGAGUAUGAUGCAAUUAACAUGCCUUCCAUAUCAGCUUCAGGUAUUGCCUUGUAAGUGGCCGGCGGUUCGGUGCUUGGUUUCUCAGAUAACUCCAAUUUAUUGCCUUCCAUUAUGGUGCAAUUAGGGAGUAAUUGGGCAAAUGAUGGAGCAGGGAAUACGCCCUUAGGGGUCAAUCGAUAACAGCCGGUCAAUGACGUGACCAAACUCCACCAAGUUCAAAUGACAUAAAUGACAUUUUAGAUAAAAGACAACCGCUUUCCUGAUGCUAUCAAAAUCCUGCAUGGCAUCCCUGAGUCCAAUUCAACCAGAGCCGGACUCUCAUUGUUGGCCUAUUGUUACUUUUAUAUUCAAGACUUCAAUAAUGCGGCUAGUUAUUACGAACAACUUACACAAAUGUACCCGGAAAAUAACGAUUACAAGUUGUAUUAUGCGCAAUCAUUGUAUCAAGCAUGUCUCUACGACGAGUCGUUUCAAGUAACUAAAAAGAUUGUCGAGGAUCCGGAUUAUAAAGGAAAAGUUACGAAACUUCAAGCUGCUAUUAAGUAUAGUCAAGAAGAUGUUUUAUCGGCAAAGAGUUUAGUAAAUGCGUGUCCAAACGAAGAUCCUGACAAAGAAGUAAAUCUUGGAUGUUUGCUUUAUAAGGACGAAAACUACGAAGAAGCCCUCGCUAAAUUUCUCACGGCUCUGCAAAACCAAGGCUUCAAACCGUACUUGGGUUAUAACAUCGCUUUAUGUUAUUACAGGUUGAAGGAGUACGGUCCAGCACUCAAGUAUUGCGCCGAUAUUAUUGAGCGAGGAAUACGAGACCAUCCUGAACUAAGCAUUGGAAUGCAAACAGAAGGCAUUGAAGUCCGUUCAGUGGGUAACACACUUACCUUACACGAAACAGCUCUCACCGAGGCUUUCAACCUGAAAGCUGCAAUUGAAUAUCAACUUAAAAAUAUGGAUGCAGCUCGUGAAGCUCUAACAGACAUGCCCCCAAGAGCCGAGUAUGAAUUAGACGCUGUUACUCUACACAACCAAGCUUUGAUGAAUUUCGAACAAAAUCCGACCGAAGGUUUCGAAAAAUUACAAUUUUUGCUUCAACAAAACCCUUUCCCUCCUGAAACUUUUGCUAAUCUACUAUUACUCUACUGCCAACAUGAGUACUACGAUUUAGCAGCAGACAUCUUGGCUGAAAAUGCAGAUCUAACUUACAAAUACUUAACUACUUAUUUAUACGACUUUCUCGAUGCCAUUAUUACGCAACAAACAUCACCGAGCGAGGCUUAUCAAAAAUUGGACGAAUUAGCAAGCCGUCAUACAGAAUUACUGAGAAAACUGACAAAACAAGUCCAAGAACAUCGCAACCGGAAUGAUACCGAGAUGGUCAAAAAAACAGUAAUGGAGUAUGAGGAAUGUCUCGACCGCUAUAUACCGGUUUUGAUGGCACAAGCUAAAAUAUACUGGGAUUUGGAGAAUUAUCAGCAAGUUGAGAAAAUUUUUCGAAAAAGUGUUGAAUUUUGUAAUGAUAAUGAUAUUUGGCGGUUGAAUGUAGCACAUGUUCUUUUCAUGCAAGAGAAUAAAUUCAAAGAGGCGACUGGAUUUUACGAACCUUUGGUCAAAAAAAGUUAUUCGGAGAUUUUAAAUGUGAACCCGAUUGUGCUUGCAAAUCUAUGCGUUUCAUACAUAAUGACAUCGCAAAAUGAAGAAGCCGAAGAACUGAUGAGAAAAAUUGAGAAAGAGGAAGAUCAAAUGGCGAUUGAAGAACCGGAUAAGAAGUAUUUUCACCACUGCAUUGUCAAUCUAGUUAUUGGUACUCUAUACUGCUCUAAAGGCAAUUAUGAGUUCGGUAUAUCGCGGGUUAUGAAAUCAUUAGAACCUUAUCGGAAAUUGGGUACCGAUACUUGGUACUACACUAAAAGAUGUUUCCUCAGUCUUAUUGAAAAUGUAGCGAAACAUAUGAUAGUGCUGCGAGACUCUGUUAUUCAAGAGUGUAUUUCAUUUCUGGAAACCUGCGAGUUACAUGGCAAGACAAUUCGGACAACCGCUUAUCCAACUCUAUCCGACGAAAACGAAAUACCUAACGGUAAAGAAACUGUAGCCUAUGAAGCUCGUAAAAUUAAAUGCCUACUUCUAAAACUACAAAACUAUUAGUAAAAAUAAAAUCACAUUUAAACUGUUUAUUACACUCUAGGGAUAUAAAACAACUAGAAAACCAUUGGAUAGUAACAAGUGUUAAUAAAUUUGUCUAAUAUAAAAUAUAUAACAAAAGAAUUAAUUAAAAAGCACUAAAGCUUGAAUAAAUCACUA